AUGUUUUCGUCGUUUCUGAGCCUCGGAUCGGUACUGGGACUGGUUGGAGGAGUCAUGGUUGUGGCAACAACGUCGGAGGCAACGCGCAUCCACCAUCGGCCCGGACGCUCGCUGACAUUCCCAGAAAGCAGCAACAUAGGCUUUUACUUGGCCCUCGCGGUGCCCCUCGACGACCCGUACAACUCGAUCUCGCUCUCGUACUUUUUCGAGGCCAACCACAACUUGCCCACCAACUUUAGCCAGACCCUUGGGCAGGGUAACAAUAAUUUCACGCGAGGCCGCCGCGAGAGAAGAAUCGACCGAUCGGUCGUCUACGCACUUCUGGCCAACAAAUUUGAAAGCGCCGGUUUCCCGGGCCACGAGUGUCUUCUGCGGUCGAUCUGCGAAGCUUCCGAGUACCCCCUCGAGCACAACGGGGUACUGGGUGACAUCUUCCGCGUCGUUUUCACGCCGUCGAGCUCGAGGGCAGAGGAUGAUCUUCCGGAGGGCGUUGCGGAGGCCGAGUCGAGGGGACGCAAUGGCACCUGCACCGAUUAUCACUCCUCCUGUGGAUUCGGCCUUUUCGACUUGAUCGGCGUUUUUUCUUGUCUCGCCGUACGUCGCCUCGCGCCGGCCUCAAAAAUGGCGCGCAUCCUCCACCGGCCCAUCCGAUCGCUCUCAUACUUGGAAAACAGCAACAUGGGCAUCUUUUUCGCCCUCUCCGCGCCUCUCGGCGAGCCGUACCAUUCGAUCGCGCUGUCUUACUUUUUCGAGGCCAGCUACGGCCUGCCCGUCAACUACUUACCGGUCCAGGACGCAAACACGACCGCUGGCUCGGGCAGACGCGCCAGGGGCAUCGACCGCACGACCAUCUACGCGGUUCUGGCCAACAAAUUCGAGAGCGCCGGUUUCCCGGGCCACGAGUGUUUGCUGCGGUCGAUCUGCGAAGCUUCCGAGUAUCCCCUCGAGCACAACGGGGUACUGGGUGACAUCUUCCGCGUCGUUUUCACGCCGUCGAGUUCGAGGGCAGAGGAUGAUCUUCCGGAGGGCGUUGCGGAGGCCGAGUCGAGGGGACGCAAUGGCACCUGCACCGAUUAUCACUCCUCCUGUGGAUUCGGCCUUCUCGACUUGAUCGGUAGAUUCGCGUGA